UUGCUCCGUAUUGUCUUUACAUCUCUAGGAUUUGACAGCUAUCGCAGGUUUUUUUCAGUAAAAUUUUCUAUUUAAAAGACUUCAAAAUAAAGAUCAUACCAAGAUUUCCAAAAAGAAUAGAUAUUUUGUUCAUAGAUAUAUUUAAGAUAUGAAUGCCAUCUGGAUCAUUUUCGCUCUUUGUGUCUUAUCUGCUACUGCUCAAACAAGUCAACCUAAACCAGGGCCAGAAUUAAUAUGCGAUAAAAUUACAGAUGAAAUAAGUGCUGAGUUCGACAAAUGCAAUAAAUUAGAUCCAAAACCUGUUCAGAAAAUAGUAAACGAUUGUCAAUUGGAACUGCUACCAAAUGAAGAAGUGAAAACAAAGCCAUAUUUUGAAGCUGGUUGCAAAGAUAAUUCCAUUUUUAGAAAGUUUGAAAAGUGCGUUAAGGACAACAGCAAGGAUAUGAAAGAUGCUGACUUCGAAGCUGGAACAAAAUGCUAUUAUGAAGUAGCAGACAAAUACAAUUUAGAUUAUCCAUAGCAGAAACAAGACGAAGGAUCACAAAAACGUUACUCCGCAAACUUAUAAGAUUAAACUGACCAUUUAAUGUUACUAUUGCAAUAAAAUACAUUGAUGUUUCGAGAAAAAUAAAAAACAUUCAAUUAUGAA